CAUGACGUAUUAUUUGUGAGACAAGUUGACGUUGUUAAUGAACACCGGGCGCUGCAGUCGUCGGGAACAUCACCGUAGUCCUUAUUAAAGCUUGUCAGUCAAUUAAUAAGGCGGAGGAUGUCUGGGGCGGCUCUACGCUUAAUCCGCUGUCGGAGACUGAGCACAGCUGGGCCGUCAGGAGUGAGGAAAGUGCUUCAGUGGAAAGCUUUAAGGAAGGUUGCUAAAGUAACUGGUGCAGUUGUCUCCGGGGGCUGUAUUUUCAUCACUUAUGAAGUGGUGGCCUUGAACAAGGCUGUGACCAUUGAUACUAGUGCAAUUCUUCAGGAGAAGUACAAGUCUUACAUCUAUCUGAGAGCCACUCCCUCAGAUGAAAAGGAGAACCUUACUGCAGGGCUCACACACAAAGCAAGGAGAGAACUUCACAAAGCAGCAAGGCGGUUUCUGGAAAUAUCAUCUCGGGUUUUGAUGCAAUCACUAGACGAGCACUUCAGCCAUGUCGAUGCAGACGCACAUGAGGUGGCAUUAUGGGCUCUACUGAAGAGGACACUGUCAGCCAAUAAAACCAUCAGAGUAAAGGCUGUUCAGGAGCUUGCAGAAAAUCACCACUGGCGGGACUACCAGUACCAGACAGCAGCCCAGAUUAUAGACCAGCGAACAUCAGUGGGCCUGGCCCGGACUCCUCAGGUAGACCUUCGAUUCUUCCUGCGCUCACCUGCACUGCCUGACCUGGAGGACGGUUUGUCAGCAGAGGAUGGACUGAGGCAGCUGCUGGCGUCUCUGCCUCAGUCUGAGGUGGACAAAUGUGUUCAGUACUUCACCUCACUCGCCCUUCGAGAGAGCACCCAGUCCAUGGCAGCGCAACGGGGUGGUCUGUGGUGUUUUGGAGGUAAUGGGCUGCCUUACGCCCAGAGCCUCACCUCUGUUCCCUCUGAGAAGGUGGAAUCCUUUUGCCUACAGGCACUGGUACAGCACUCAAAGGUCCAGAGUCACUGUGAUCACAUAGUUGCCAACGGGGGUCUGCAGCUCCUCCAGAGGGUUUAUCAGCUUCGUACAGACUCCCUGAAGAUCCAGAGGAACAUUGUUCGUAUCAUAGGAAAUUUGGCGCUCAAUGAAAGUACUUACCAGGCCAUAUCCCAGUCUGGCUGGGUAUCUGUCCUGGCUGAGAUGAUGCAGUCUCCUCAUGUCAUGCAGGCGUCUCAUGCAGCUCGUGCUCUGGCCAACCUGGAUAGGGAGACGGUGAAAGAGAAGUACCAAGACGGCGUCUAUAUCCUCCACCCACAAACACGUGGCAACCAGCCAAUCAAAGCAGACGUGCUCUUCAUCCACGGGAUUCUCGGGGCAGCUUUUAAGACUUGGAGGCAAAAGGACCGUAAUAUGUUAGAGGAAGAGAAGGAAGCAGAGAGCAGCGGCGACUACACUGAGUGCUGGCCAAAGUCAUGGUUGGCUGCUGACUGUCCAAACCUGAGAGUACUAACAGUGGAGUAUGACAGUCACCUCAGUGACUGGAUGGCCAAGUGUCCCGUUGAAAAUCAGAGGAAGUCCUUGGCCUACAGAAGUCAAGAGCUGCUAAAGAAGUUAAAGCUGGCAGGAGUUGGAGAGAGGCCUGUGGUCUGGGUAGCCCACAGUAUGGGAGGAUUGCUUGUGAAGAAGAUGCUGCUGGAUGCCUCAGAGGACCCAGAUAUGCAUGGACUGUUAAAGAACACCAAGGGCAUUAUGUUCUAUAGUGUUCCUCACCAUGGCACCUUUAUGGCAGAGUACUCAGUCAAUGUCAGAUAUCUCCUCUUUCCCUCUGUAGAAGUCAGAGAGCUUUGUAAAGACUCACCAGCGCUGCGCAAUCUGAAUGAGGACUUCCUGAACAUGGUCAAGGAAAAGGAAAUCAAGGUGCUGAGCUUUGCAGAGACGCUGCCAACAAACAUCGGUCCCAUGAUCAAGAUACUGGUGGUUCCAACACAGUCAGCAAAUCUCGGCAUCGGGGAGCUCAUCGAGGUGGACGUAGAUCAUCUCAACAUCUGCAAGCCAGAGAAGAAGGACUCCUUUCUGUACAAGCGCAGCCUCCAGUUCAUCCUAGAAGCUCUGCAGGGCUACAUCAGCCACUGACUGAAAUAUAUGAACACAAACACACUGAUAAAACCUACUAUUUACUUGAAAUGGGGCAGAGCACUGACCCCCCCCCAUCCCCACUUAACCAAAUGGAAACAUAACUGCCUCUCCUUGUUGUACAUUUACAUAAACAACCACUAAUUUGAUCAUAGUAUAGUUAUGAUAGGAAAAUUAAAUGUAUUUUACAUAUUGAUUUCCGUGAAGAGUUGUCAGUUGUGAUGAAAAAGAUAUCGGGUGCCAUUUUGUUCUCCGAGUCGUCCUCCUAGAUAAGUUUCUCUCACUAGUGAGCCAGAAUUUUAAAGAUCAUUAACAUUUUUAAAGAUCAUAACUACUUUCAGAUCAAAAUAUAUUUUUAAGGCACUUUGACUUACCAGUUUAACAUGGUACAUAAAGCUCUUACAAUAUUUACUUAAAAAUGCACUGACAUGUCUUUGCCACUCAUGCGCCUCCAGUAUUUGACUAGAGUGGUAUUAUAUUUAGUUUUUUUUAAAUUCAUGUAUUUUAUUCCAACUACAGUAUGACCUUCAUUGUGUCCGCCAAAACAUAUUCCUUCCUGAACUUUACCUUAAAUUGACCUGUAUUAAUAUUAUUUUCAGGUUGCUUUAUUUAUUUGUACGAGAAUAAUCAAGCAAUUGGUUUUAAACCUCCAUGUGUUUGUAGUCCACUGCCACUAGCAAUGCUGACAAUGAAUAAAUGUGUAAAGUUGGAGUAGGA